AUGUUCAACAAAUUUAAGCAGAACUCGGACAGCCAUCGCCGCCAAGUGACGAGAGCCUGCGACCGGUGUCGCCUGAAUCGCAUCAAGUGCGACGAGUCCACCUCGUGCAAAAACUGCAAGAAAAGGGGUGUGAAAUGCAGCCGAGGGGGAAGAGACCUCCCGCUCUCUCUCCCGCAAGCAGUGAACGAAAUCGAGAAGCUGAGGGCUCGUGUGAGAGACCUAGAAGCACAAGUAAAUGGGCCGGAAACCGCGAUAGGGACGGUCCCUCAAAGCAAGGGGCUCCCUGUAUUGCAGGAGAAGGAGUGGGAGGGGGUCUGGAUAAGAGGCCCUGGAGGAAGCCAACCACAGCUCUACGGUCCGCUCUCGUCUUCCUUUUUCAUCUACCGCAUGAACUCUUUCCUCGGCGUUUCCCUGCAGCGGUGGAGCCCAGAACAGCAUCUCAUCCCCAGUACCACGAACAAGGUCUUUGCAAGUCCUGAAAUGCCAACCGGGACACACGGGGGCUCACACGGCUUCCUCUCUCAAGAGCAAGAGUCGUAUUUUCUCAGACUCUUCUGGCAGACAUUUCAAGUGACAGUUCCCAUCCUCAACGAGGCUGGCUUUAAGGACCACCACGAGUCCCUCUGGAAAACAGAAACGCACGCACGCCCAGCCUCCCCCAUCAUCGAUAUCGUCGUGGCCUUGUGCAUACAAUACGGCAUGGGCUUGGUCCCUGGUAAGCCUGGUGAUGGUUCCGCCAAAUCAGAUAUCGAAAUCAAUGACUCGAGCAUUGCGGGUCGCCAGUACUAUCGCCGAUGCCAGAGCCACUUAGCUCUGGAGCUAGAGAGACCGUCCAUCUCAACCGUUCAGUGCCAUAUUUACUCUUCUUUGUAUCUCCACAACGCUUCAUUUGUGAAUAUGGCGUACACGACCCUGGCCGCGGCCGUCCGCAUAGCCCAUACACUUGGCCUUCAUCAUGAACCAUCCGAGACGCUACCAGCAGCCGAGAGACAUUUGCGUCGGAGGAUCUGGUGGGCCAUUUCCGCUCUUGACGCCAAGAUGUCUCUCUCUCUUGGAGCGCCAGCGCUGACACGCACGUCCUCGAUGUCAUGUCGGCUCCCCGUGGCAAGCGCCGGAGAGCAUAAGCUGUCUCGCAGCCAACUCGUUUCCCCAAAGCCCGAUAUUACCUGGCUAUCCUAUCAUGAUUUAUGUAUAAAGAUGGUCCACGCUGCGCAAAAUGUCUCAAUCAAGCUGCAGGAGAAAGGUAGCGAGCUGAUAACUAUGCAUGGCGAUGGUAUCUAUAGCAACCCCCGCCUGCUAGAAGAACUUGCCGGAACACUAACACAAACCGCAUCCUGGGCACAGGAAUGGAUCAAGUCCGUUCCAGAUAGUCUUCGCAACGAAAGAGAAUCCGGAGCAAAGAGCUUCUCUCCUGGAGAGACCACCUUGGUAUUGGACCAUUGGUUGCCAUCUUGGCUUCAGCUCCAGCGCAUCUUACUGGAACUGCGUUACCAUGACCUGGUUUUAAAUAUCUACCGCCCUUUUGUGCGCUUCUCGGCCCCGGAUGGUGCAACACCCCUUGCAGACAGCCAUGCUACAACGUGCCUCAGCCACGCUAUCUCGAACACCUUCAUCAUCCAUCAAGUUUUAACUGAGACGAAUAUUCUUCAUGGUUGGCACGAGAUAUACAAAAUCCAAUGGAACUCUGCCAUAUCUAUUGCCGGCUUCUGCUUUAGCUAUCCGAUCAGUCCGGGCACACUAGCCGCCCGAAAAGCGCUCGAUACAACGGUUGAGGUCUUUCGCAUCAUGGCCGGAAGCGUGGCGAUUGCCACGAGCGCAGCGAAGGUGGUACAUGAUCUCGCUCAAAAGGUAGAUAUAAUCGCUCAACGCCUUCAGACCGGGCUCUCUACUAUACCAGAUCAAGGCUUUGGAGACAUUUCCGAUGGUAGCUAUGCGGCAUACGCAGACGGCAAUGCGCAAGUCUCUGCGGCCUCGAAUACUAUUGGCGAAGAUACAUGGAGCGGGGGGCCUCAGUUUCACUUUCCUCUUGAAUCGUUCGUGGAUCUUGACACUUUGAUGUAUGAUGGCUCCUCGACAAAUGUGUGGCAAGACUUUCUUAACCAGUCGGAAUGGCCCCAUGCCCGUCGGCAGCGUCCGAAACAGACGGCGAGGAAUUGA